AUGGCCGCCCAGCUUAUCAUGCCCACGCUGCCUGGCGAGCAGCAGCAAUCUCGUCACUUUCUCUCUUCCCACCGCCCUACCCAUCACGCCCGCUCCCAGUCUUACAACCUCGCGGGCCCUCGCUUUCAACUCAACACAAACCCGGCCAACAGCGGUGCUGGCCACUAUGCCUCGACACCGCCCUCGCCACGCGGCACAGCAGGCUCACGCAGCAACAUUCACAGCAGUAAUGCGGCCGGCGCGCGCCCUCUGUACAUGCCCGCCGUCUUGCGUCCCAACUACGAAUUUCCGCCCCAGCAGCCGCUCUCCCGCUCUCCCGGUUCCUCGUCCGAUUCAGGCUCCGACUCAACACUGCGGCGCACCAAUACGGCCAACUUGUUGAGUCUCACCGGCCUCGGCGCCAUCGGUUCCCGCCUCAGCCGUCGAUCCACCAUCGAGAGCUCCAAGAGCCUCGAGGGCGAUUGGGAUCUGACGACAUAUCCCGAUGUUACGUCGCCGCCUACCCGUAGGCAUUGGAAGCCCGACACGGAAUCAUCCAUCUGCGACGACCCCCUCUGCAAGCGCUCUUUCAGCUACUUCAACCGCAGGCACCACUGCCGCAAAUGUGGUAAUAUUUUCUGCGACUUCCAUUCAACCUUGGUCCUUCCUCUUGACCAGGACGCCAACUUUAACCCGCGCGCUAUGCCUUCGCGGACCUGCAACCACUGCUUUGAGCAGGUCAAGGCCCGUCACUCGCGCAACAACAGCCAAUCUUCGGGCUCAGAUUCCUCAGGCGGCCGCACUGCGGCGGCCGCCAUUUCCACGAAGAAGGGCGGCGACGACAAUGAAUUUAACUUGCCUACCAGCAAGGACAUUGCCGCCAGUGUCCCGCGCGACUGGAACUGGAGCACCUUUUGA